AUGAAGGUCCCGCUGACGCUGGCAGUGCUGUUUGCCUGCAGUGUGUUCACGGCCCGUGGGAAGCUCCCGCGUACGUUCACACCGGGGCUGGGGGGAAGAACCGUCGGAAAUCUGAGCGCCCACGGUUGCUACUCAGGAUGGGGCGGCAGCGGCACGGGGAAGGCUACAAUGGACCGCCUGUUUCAGAGAGGUGCCUGCAGGUGCGAGCGGGCAGCUCGGCUCUGCCGGAUGCGUGGCCGGGCGCUGCUCCGGCGUCGCAGCAAGUGCCGGGGACGAGCCGGGCGGUGUUGA